AUGACUGCUACUCGAAUGGUGGAAAUGCUUACUAGGCUGAUCGCUAGGCUUCUUUGCGGGAAUUUCCUUACUUCAUUGCCCAAAAAACCAAUUAUCAUUUCCAUAUUCCUGCCAACUUUAUAUCUCUGGAUCGUCGACUUUUUCUCGCUCCAACGUGGCACAUGGGUGAUUGAACGUGGAACGAAACUGGAUAUACGCCUUGGGGGAACACUGGACCUGGAAGAAGCGCUUUUUUUCCUCAUGACCAACAUGAUGAUUGUAUUCGGUAUGGAGACUAUCGAUCAUGCUCUUGCGAUAGCCGAGUACGAUAUGAUAAUCUGCAAUUUGGCUGACAGCCAUCGACCUUCAUUUUUUCGGAUAUUCUGGUCAUACAUGACCAGCCAAAGAAGGUGCUUCGACACUCCGUUUCUCAAAGGGUUGAACGCAGCCAUUAAAAAACUAUCCCAAAAGAGCCAAACCAUGUAUCUAGGCAGCGCGAUGUUCUCCGAUAGGCUUCGCGUUGACCUUAUCAUGCUAUACUCUUUUUGUCGUGUGAUAGACGAUCUAGUCGACGAAGCCCCAGAUCAUGAAACAGCGCAGGCAAAUAUUAAGGAAGCAUCUCAAGUUUUAAACUGGUGCUUUUCAACUAAACGGCCCUCGGAGCCUCUUUACGGAUACGUUGAUGUCGAAGGGAGCCAUGGACAGACGAAUGAUCUAUCCCCUCUACUUUCCUCUAUAUCGCUACUGCCCACUUCUCGUCUCACCAUAAAGCCACUGCUAGAACUCUUGUCUGGGUUCGAAAUGGAUCUUAGGUUUUCUGUUAAAAACCAGGAAUUUCCAAUUGCGACUGAAUCGGACUUGGAAAUCUACGCUCACUGUGUCGCCGGUACGGUCGCAUCGUCUCUGCUUGAAUUGGUACUCCAUAACUACAAAUUUGGCGAAAGAAGAUAUAGCCAAGCUGAACAAACCGAAAUUAUUCAAUCUGGUCAGCAAAUGGGACAGGCUUUACAGUACGUCAAUAUUGCGCGAGACAUCAAACGAGAUGCCGCAAUCAGCCGAGUUUAUAUUCCGUCUUCAUGGCUGGCAGAGGAAGGGAUGACUCCGAGCGAUGUGCUAGCGAAUCCAGACAAUGACAAACUUGCCGUCUUCGAAGAUCGCAUGCUGCGCAAAGCGAGCGACGCAUAUGGGCAGAGCGUGAAGGCCAUUGGUAAACUACCUAAGAAGGUACGAGGGCCUAUCAAGACAACAGUUGAGAGCUACAUGAUAAUUGGGGAGAUGGUUCGCAAGAGGCGCCAGGCUGGGGUCAAGGAGGAAGGGAAGCUGAAAGUGCCUUUGUGGCGAAGGCUGAGGCUAGCGUGGUGGGAAAUGAAUGUUAGCCAUUAUUCCGGAUGA